GGAGGUGGACAUUGGGCACACACCCAACUCGUGCCACAUAAAAGCCUUAGCAGCCGCCUCUUGCUAGACACAAUAUAAAGAACACUCGUUGAGAGAACAGAGUAAGUUGUAGCUUUAUCUGCAUUUCCACGAGACGUACUCUACCUUACUGAAGUGAGAAAUAUGGAGAACAAAAAUACUACCACCCUCAAUGAACAGAAACCAGAAUCUCCCAACUGCAAAAAGGAUUCACUUCUCCCCAUCGCAGAGAAGGGACUUUUCUUCCAAGAUUCCUUCUUUGACGAUAUUCAGAAGCAAUUUGAGACAGCCAUCGACCAAAUCCUGGAUGCGUGGGGAGAAGCCAAAUCCGUGAGUGAUCUGAUGAGUAGCUACAGACAUGUAAGAGAACGCAAUUUGCAGCAAGAGAACCAAGUCAUGGCCUUCAGCGAAGACGACCAGAAUCACAAGGUUGUGCUGGAUGUUCAUGACUUCAAGAGUGGAGACGUUAAGGUUAGAGUGGAAGACAAUCAGGUGGUGGUGGAAGGUCGAGUGGAAAAGGAAGAGGGCGACUUCAAGUCCAUGAAAAGCUUCUGUCGACGUUUCAACUUCCCAGGCAAAGUGGAUAUGGAGGCCGUGACUUCUGCAAUGUCUUCUGAUGGCGUCUGACUAUCACGGCUCCGAAGAUUCCACAGGCAGCAUAGAAAUACACAUUUCAUCGGCUGAAAUUACAAUAUAAGCUGAAAAAGCCAUGUAUGUUUAAAUAUUUAUUGCAGAUUUGC